UGGCACAGGGUGUUUGCAAACGCCCUCCCGGAUGACCUGCGAAGCCCCAUCAGGAUCGAGAGGGAAGAGCAGCGCAACCUGCACUUCUUCCCUCCGGAGUACGGCCAAAAGGCUGACGGGACGGCUGUGGACAUCUUCUCCUUCGGGAUGUGUGCGCUGGAGAUGGCCGUGCUGGAGAUCCAGACCAACGGGGACACGCGGGUCUCGGAGGAGGCGAUCAUGCAGGCACGACAUUCUCUUGACGACCCCAACAUGCGGGAGUUUAUUCUGUCGUGCCUGACCCUCAAUCUGAUGCCGGAGAACGUGGUGGAGGAGAAGAUAAAGGAACUGGACCUCAACAUGGUGAUGGCAGAGAUCCGGAGAGAGGGUCGGCCCGGCCACAGCCAUGAGUACUCGGAGGUCUCCUUCCUUGAACUCGACAAGUUCUUAGAAGACGUAAGGAAUGGGAUCUAUCCCCUGAUGAACUUCGCCGUUUCCAGACCCCAUGCCCUCCCACGUGUGCUCUCCCAGCCCCAGGAGGACCCUCAGAAAGCCAAGACUCCCACCCCGGAGCCCUUUGAUGUGGAGACCAGGAAGGUGGUGCAAAUGCAAUGUAACAUGGAGCUGAACGAAGACAAGACCCAGUGGCACCUCACUCUUCUGCUGAUCCUGGAGGACAGAUUGCACCGACAGCUGAGCUACGACCUGCUGCCCACUGAUAACUCCAAGGACUUGGCCACGGAGCUGGUGCACUAUGGGUUCAUCCACGAGGACGACUGUGAAAAGCUGGCUAACUUCCUGGAAAACGCCUUCCACAAACACCGCUCUCCUCCCUUGUGA